AUGGAUGCGACAACGGACGCGGGUGCAUGGGCCGAGCACAUGUUGCGUGUGCUACAGACGGGCGUCCAUGCGCGUCUCGUGGGAUGCUCUGUUGUGCCGCCGCUGCCAAGGCCCAAGAAUACGCUGGAAGCCAUGAGCCACCUAAGUGUGUUGUUGUCCGAGUGUGAGGACCUCUUGGCUUUCGAGCAGGUCGAGAAGAGCCUGCAGCAGGAGAAUUUUGUCGUAAAAGAAGACGGAAAUGAUGCGUUUAACUAUGCACUGGCGGUACAGGCCGUACAUGCGCUGCAGCAGGAGCUGCAUGCAGUGCGUGAGGACGACGCAGAUCCUGAUGCCACCAUAGUUGCAUCGCCAGACACUCACCCAUGGCACAAGCGUGUCAAAGAUACCAUACAAGAGCUAGAGGAUCGGCAUGCGGAUGAGAUGGCACAGAUAUAUGCACAGCAUUCCGACGAGCUCGAGGCGUUGCGGUCCGAACAUGCUGCCGACGAAGCGCAGCAGGCUCGGGAUCACCAUGACCAAAUGGAGACUGUGCGAAAAACGGCUCAUGAUGAAUUAGAAAGUGUCCGUGCUGGUUUGCAUGCUGAAUAUACCGCAUCGAUCGAAGAAAUGCAGCGUUCAUGGAGCACAGCCUGUGCGUCACUUUCUCGGACGAUUGAUGAUCUGCACUCUCAAGUGGCGAGCCAUGCUCAAAGCAUGGCGCCCGUUUCCAAGCGGAUUUAUGCUCUGCAUGAGGUCAUCGAUGCACUCGCUGCAGAGCGCAUGGCCGUCCAAGUCGAGGUACGGACAUGGAGGGCCAAGCACGCGGCCGUCACAAACGACAUGGCUUCGCUACAUGAACAACUCGCGUCACGUCAAUCGGAGCUAGCCAUACGCAGCAGUCGCUUGAAUGAAACGGAGCGGCAGCUGCACGAAGUGCAACGUGAAAUGGAAUGUACAGCGCAGGCACAGGCAGAUAUGGACGAAAUGCAGGCGCGUGUCGCUGCAGCGGAAGCCGAGGUGACCGGACUCCGCGAUCAGCUUCGAGCUCUGGAGCCACUUUGUGCAGAGCGUACGCAGCUCGCAAGCGAAGUGCAUGAGCUACAGAAACUCGUUUCUAUGUACAAGGAUAGCGUCACGCAUGCUCAGCUCGAGCAUGAGCGCACGCAGCAGCAGCUCGAAAAAGCAGAGGCGCAGCGCUUCGCACUCGAGCAAGUGUUGGCGGAACGCGAGACCGAAUUGAAAUCUCAGCGUAAGUCGCGUGCGCCGCGUGCAUCGUCGCAUGAUCAGGCGACUCGCAUAGCUGAGCUUGAGUGCGAGCUGAACGCCAAAGCGGCUGAAAUCGAAGACGGCGAUACACGCCUGCUCACCGUCAUGAAGGAAAACAAGCGCCUCUUGUCGCAGCUGAAAGCCCUCAAGUCUGAUUCGAAGCGUGCUUUGCAGGACGUGACGAAUGCGAAAACCGUGACGGCCAUACCGUCAUCGCCCACCAAGCAGCGCAUGGGUAUCAUGCGGUCACAUGUAGCGUAA